ACCCACAACCUAAUACUAAUUGGAUUGAGAAAAAAGACGGGAAGCCUACACAAAGCAAAAUGAGUAACAAUAGUUCUGGACAAACACAAGAUUCAGUAGGCAUUAUUAUCAUAAUGGACGAAGCAUAG